CUUUGGUCAAUUACGCCCUAAGAGGCCGCCUGCUGGUCCCCCUGCCACGGUCCGCGCCCCUUUCCUUCCUCAGAUUCUGCCGCCUUCCCUCCUCUAUAGCUCCAGGCGUCCUCAAGGUUUUCCCUCUUUUAGAACAGGAAGAACUGCAGAGGACUAGACCGGGGAGAGAGGUGCUGCUGCCGUCUCUACUUCAGACCAGUUAGCAGCAGUCAGGACUGUCAACCCUGCAGCAACUCAGAGCAGAAGUGUGAGCUCGACUUGUUUCGAAGCUUUCCCACCAUGAGCUCCAAGAAGAUGGUGAAUUCUGUGGAAGGGUGUGCUGGUGAUGCCCUUGCUGGGUUUGUUGCCUGUAACCCUGACUUGCAGCUCCUGCAAGGGUACCGUGUAGCCCUACGUUCUGACCUGGACAGCCUCAAGGGCCGGGUGGCACUUCUGUCAGGUGGAGGCUCAGGCCAUGAGCCUGCCCAUGCCGGUUUUAUCGGGAAAGGAAUGCUGACAGGUGUCAUUGCAGGAGCAGUGUUUGCCUCUCCUGCUGUGGGCAGCAUCCUGGCAGCCAUUAGAGCUGUGGCCCAGGCAGGCACAGCCGGCACCCUCCUCAUCGUGAAGAACUACACUGGGGAUCGGCUCAACUUUGGACUUGCCAUGGAGCAGGCCAAGGCCGAGGGCAUCUCUGUGGAGAUGGUGGUAAUUGAGGAUGACAGCGCCUUCACUGUCCUGAAGAAGGCAGGCCGGCGUGGCCUGUGUGGCACAAUACUUAUCCACAAGGUAGCAGGUGCUCUAGCUGAGGAAGGUAUGGGGCUGGAGGAGAUCACAAAGAAGGUGAGCGUGAUCGCCAAGGCCAUAGGUACUCUGGGGGUGAGCUUGUCUCCCUGCAGUGUCCCUGGUACCAAACCCACCUUUGAGCUUGCAGCUGAUGAAAUGGAGCUAGGCCUGGGGAUCCAUGGGGAAGCCGGUGUUCGUCGGAUAAAGCUGGUACCUGUUGAUCAGAUUGUCACUCUUAUGCUUGACCACAUGACAGACACCUCCAAUAUAUCCCAUGUGCCUGUGAAGUCAGGCUCUUCAGUGGUGCUGAUGGUCAACAAUCUGGGUGGCCUGUCUUUCCUGGAACUGGGCAUCAUAGCUGAUGCUGCCAUACGCCUGCUGGAGGGCCGUGGGGUGAAGGUCGCCCGUGCCCUGGUGGGUACCUUCAUGUCAGCACUAGAGAUGCGUGGUGUUUCCCUUACUUUGAUGCUUGUGGAUGAACCCCUGCUGAAGCUGAUAGAUGCUGAAACUAAUGCAAAAGCCUGGCCUCACAUGUCCAAGGUCUCUGUGACUGGAAGGAAUCGGAUUCGGGCAGCUCCCACAGAGCCUGCAGAAGCCCCUGAAGCCACUGCAGCAGGAGGUGUAGCAUCAAAGCAGAUGACACUUGUGCUGGAUCGGAUAUCCACCACGCUCAUCGGACUGGAGGAGCACCUGAAUGCCCUGGACAGGGCUGCUGGUGAUGGGGACUGUGGUUCUACCCAUAGCCGUGCUGCCAAAGCCAUUCAGGGGUGGUUAAAGGAAGGCCCAACUCCAGCCAGCCCUGCCCAGGUGCUCUCCAAACUGUCUGUCCUGCUGCUGGAGAAGAUGGGAGGCUCAUCUGGGGCGCUCUACGGCCUGUUCCUGACUGCAGCUGCCCAGCCUCUCAAGGCCAACACUGACCUCCCAGCCUGGUCUGCUGCUAUGGAUGCCGGCCUAAAGGCCAUGCAGAAGUAUGGAAAGGCUGCACCAGGAGACAGGACAAUGCUGGAUUCUCUGUGGGCAGCAGCACAGGAGCUCCAAGCCUGGAAGAGCCCAGGGGCCAGUCUCCUCCCAGUCCUGACUAAAGCAGUCAAAAGUGCCGAAGCUGCAGCCGAGGCCACCAAGAACAUGGAAGCUGGUGCUGGGAGAGCGAGUUACAUCAGCUCUGCACAACUAGAUCAGCCAGACCCUGGAGCAGUUGCGGCUGCAGCCAUCUUCCGUGCCAUCCUGGAGGUCUUGCAGACGAAGGCAGCUUAACUGCUUUCCUCCUCCUCCGCUCCUCUCAGUUUGUUACUUCCUCUUGCCUUCUGAUAAUCUCCUCCCUUCCUCCCCUGACACCCAUCCCUGCAUGGAGCAGGACAUCCUUCACCACACCCUCCAGAACUGUUCUGUGAAGAGUGUCUGGCUGGGUGGGUCACAUGCCUCAGCAGCACUGUUCGUUCCCUCCUCCAGAAGAGGAAUCGCUCAGAUCUUGUCCAUCCCACCCUAACCAGCUCUGGGUGUCAGUGAUUUGGCUUCUCCUGAGCCUCUAACUUGCAGGCCUCUUCCUCUGGAAGGCCUCCUAUACCCAGUCAGUACAUGAAAGAAGGCUAAUAAAAUCCAUUGAAGCCA